UAUCAUUCUUCACAAAAGCAUGGCUUUAUGCCUUUGAUUCUCUCUCAGAAGCCUUUGACUGUGAAAAAAUGGCGAUCUCCAGGAUUGGGAAGAAGCAACCACAGCUUCAGAGACAUGGGCGGAGCCAGAGAUACCUAAGAAUCUCAUCUUUCAGAUCCGUACGUUUCAUCAUCAUAUGCCUUGCCUUCAUCGCUAUCGUGCCCCCCAUUUUCUUCCAUUUUCGACUCAGACGUUUCCAUCAGAUGCAAUUGAGAAAGUGUGGUUGGUUGAAUAAUCCUCCUCUUGUAUGCGCUCAUGGCGGUGACUCAACCAAGGCUUUCCCCAACACUAUGAAUGCAUAUCGAAUUGCUCUUCAUUCACAAGUAGAUUGCAUUGAGAUUGAUGUUUCUCGCUCUUCAGAUGGAGUUUUGUUUGCUCUUCAUGACAGGGAGUUGCAGCGGAUAUCUGGUAACAUGACUGCCAAAGUUGGGUACUUGAGCAUGAGGGAGAUAAAAGAGCUGGAUACCAUUUAUCAAAUUCCCCGGGAGUAUAGUGAUGUAAAGAUACCCACCAUUGAAGAUGCUCUGAUGUUGAUAUCAGGUUCAGUUCAGCAGGUCAUUCUGGAUGCUAAGGUUGGGCCUCCUUCAUAUGAAAAAGGGCUUGCAAAGGAUAUUCUUUCUGCUGUUAAGGGAACAAAGUGUAGCAAUUGUGUUGUGUGGGCUAAAAGCGACAGUUUAUCAAGGGACGUGAUCAAACUAUCAUCUGAUGUCACGGUAGGUUAUAUUGUCAUGAAGGACCCUUCUACUGGGGCUAGAACCAACUUACUGAGAAUGAAAGCUGCCGGAAUCGUCGGCGUCUACCACCCAUUGAUUGAUGAAAAGCUUGUGAGAAUUCUACAUGGGUAUGACCUCCCUCUACAACUCUGUGUAUCCACAUUUCUCCAAGCAGCUUCCAGCUUCUCUCUAUUCAAUAUUUCAUUCAAGGUUUUUAACAGGAGGAAUAAGAAGGUGUACGCCUGGACUGUCGAUGAUGAAGCCUCGAUGCAGAGAAUGCUGGUCGAGCGUGUUGAUGCCAUGGUUACCGGCAACCCGACCUUGCUUCAGCGCCUCAUGCAAGACAUCAGAACCCAGUGUCUCGAAGAAGGUUUUUCUUUAUCAUAAUAUCUUUAAUUUCCUUUUUCCUUUUUCUUUUUUUCUUUUUCCAUUUAUUAUUUCCCACUAAAGAUUUUGCCUGUAUAAGAUCUUCAUUCAUAACAUGGUGUUUUGCACCUAUAUUCGUAA